AUGGAGACGACAAGGGAGUGCCUGUGGCUACGCUCACAAUUUUGGCUACACGUGUACACGUACACGUACACGUACAACGUUGUACAUAUGGAUGGGAAAAUACCUUCGUACGAAAGUACGAAAGUACCAAACUGCACGAUCGUUCUCACUCAAAAUAGCGUACCUACGUGA